CGCCGCUGCCCCCGCCGCCGCCGCCAACAACAUCCCGCGCAGUGCACGCGCUGCCGGCCGCCGGCCAUGGCCCAGCCACUCACCCAAUUCUUGCCCAUCUUCGCGUGCAAGUCGGACGGGCAGGAUGUCGUCAACCAGAAGGGCACCGUGCUCCGGAACGGGCCCACCCAGGAGCAGCUCGACCGCACGCCCAACGAGCAGGGCCAAAGCGACUACUACCGCCUGAUCGAGAAGGACGAGCCCAAGCACGUCGACUGGCGCAAGAAGCUCGGCGGCAUGCUGCUGCGCGAGAUCGGCGGCAAGCAGCACGAGGACAAGUGGCAGCAAUGCAUUCUCUGGGACUUCCCGGAGGGCUAUAGGCUGUACGAGCACAUCAAGUCGAAAGCCAACGGCGAGACCAAGCCGGUCAAGAACCACUCGGGCGGCGGCCACGACAGACAAGAUGCAUACCUCUACGGCUACCCCAAGGGACCGAAGAAGCGGUUCAGGAGCCCCGUCGAGUUCUUCCCGCACCUGCUAUGGCUUUCCACCGACGAGUCGAGCGACCACCAAAAUUGCACCUGUCGAAUAUGCUGCCCGAUGCAGCUCGAGUCCGAGAAGCCCGCGCUCCCGCUGAAGCCGGAAAUCAGGCCCGAUCCAGCUAUGGCGGGCCUCAAGAAGGAGAACAGCCCCAACACCACAGUGCAAGCACCUACGCCCGUCGGCCGCAAUCCAAGUGCCCAGGUACCUGUCCGGCGUCCCAGCACAGGCACGCCUGCCCAGAGCCCCAGCGUGAAGCCAGCGACGCCCAGCUCAGCCGCGAAUCCGCAACGCAUAAAGCCGCCGGCCAUUUUGGAGCCCACGCCUCUUCCGCAGCUUCGCUCUGUUGAUCAGCAAGUGGACCACCAAUACGGAAAAUUUCUCGCGCGGACCGGUGAAGUAGUAUGGUUCUUUAGACCGAAGACAGAAGCCUGGGGCCUAGGACUAGUCAUCCGUCGAUGGGUACCGAAAGACAGAUCGAGCGACCGAGCUUACCUUGUCCAGCCCCUCUCCCAUCCCUACAACUCGCCCACCGCCGAGCUCGUCACGUCCGACCAGAACCUCAAGCCCUGGCUCGCGUGGUCUGCGCCUUCAUGCACCUAUCCUUAUCUCCAGCAGAACCCAACACUCAGUUACGACCAGGUGGACUGGAGGGCCCUUCUGUCUGGCCAAUUCGGCCAGGGCAUUGCGGACGUCGACGCCUCGAUCCUGGCAGCGAAAGCCAUCGAUACCACCUUCACCCCGUUCGAGCUACUAAAGACGACCAUUAACACGGGUAUGGAAGAGAGGCGCUGGAAUGGCGUAUACCUCGGUGCGGAGAAGAUCUGGCGAGGCGAGCCGGUCCGCCUACGCAUCGGCAGCGGUAACGACCUGAUGGUCAUCACCGAUAUCAUCGAGCGUGCCGUCCCAGGGCCUCCGCCAAAUCAGACCAAUUCCGCGCACCCUCUCUCUAAAAUCCUAGUACUAGGAGAUAUAUAUACGUACGCGACUCUCCCUGUGCCUGAUCCGAAUUCGCUACCGCAGGUCCCGUCGAGCAGCAACAUCCCCAUCCGUAUGCGUGAGGAUAUGCGUUGGCGGAACCGGGCACUCGUUCCAGCCACACGCACUCUCGCCUACUGGAAGCUCAUUGCCACUUCCCAAAAGCUCGAGAUAUCCGAAAUCAAAGGUCGAUGGUACGAGUCCAGCGUCCUUUUCGUCGACUUCUUCACCAAAGCUGUCAAGAACAACGAAGGAGGCAACGGUGUAUGGAUGAACUCGCGUGGCGACGCAACCGGCCUAGGCAAAGCAGCUGGUGUCCUGCAGCCCGACCGUAUCAGCGCGUUUCGCACGGCGGUACCCAAGGGAUUGCAUCUAGUCGAAGGUCUCGACGUCCCGGACGAGCCGAGCAAGCCUCCUACGAGUGAGAUGCAGAGCCUCGAGCUCGGGAUAGGUGCUGCAAGCGGCGAUUCGGGCUUUGCGCUUGAUGAUUUUAUGAACCUGGACGGUAUGGACGAUGGAGGAAUAGCGUUCGGAGACGAUUUUACAUUCUAAUAUCCUUGAUGUCUGUGUUAUCUGUGCUAAUAGUACAUUUGUAGAGUCGAGCGAGGAGGGAAUGGUUCGAAUCCAGGCCCGUGGAGGCAGCAGCUAUGAUACUAGGGACUCCUACUGCUGAGGCUUCCAACCCGGAACUAGAGUCGACCUCUCUUGCUUCGGUGGCUUCUGGUACGUAAACAGGUUCGACUCUGCUUCGGCGAAGCGCUAGGCUGUGACGGAAGGAGAAGGGGGUAGCAAAAGAAUGUUCCUAGAGCAUUGUUACGGCGCCUGUUUGCCUACCCAAAAAGCAUCUUUCAGGAACAGCACUAUAGGCAUCGGCGUUAAGUCUGAUUGGCAUUUUAGGGCGAGAAAUGGCUCUGUGUUAGUACUAUUAUUGUACUGGCUUCGGUAUACCCACUAGCGUUAAAAUGUGGAUUUUCUGCUGUUC